ACAAUCUAAAUUCCAAAUCCCAAAAUUUCACCAAUCUGAUUACGAAUUCUCUGGAUUCAAUGGCAUCCAACAAGAAAGCUUCCGAAGGAAUUGCCCUGCUCUCCAUGUACAACGACGAGGACGAUGAGGAAAUGGAGGAAAUGGAAGAAGAUGAUCAAGGGAGAGGUGGAGAAGAGCAACUGAAACAAGCAGAGUCGAAGGACAAUAUGCAGGAGGAUUCGGGACCUGUCGUUAACGAAACCAUGCCGCCGGUUCCUCGCGACAACUCCGUCCCUUCAAUACUACCUUUGUUUUCAGCUUCAGCAACCUCGCCGCAGCAAGAGGAAGUUGUUCCUUCAGAGACUAAAAGGAGUGGCACGGGGAGGUUGACCAUUGUUGACUACGGCCAUGAUGAAGUAGCGAUGUCACCUGAGAUCGAGGAAAGGGAACAUGGCAGCAGUGAUCAGGUGAUGUAUGGUGUGGAGCAUCAAACUGCUACUGGAAAAACGACUCCCGGAGCUGCUCAAUUGACUCCACAAUUAUCAGAUAUGGAACCAUCACAACCUGUUACCGUGAGUCACGCUGUUGGCGAGUCAGAAGCUAUAGAAGUCGAGGAAGCUGUUAAAGUUUCUGAAGAAGAUGCCGAUCUAUUGGACAAGUUUCUUCCACCACCACCACAAGCUAAAUGCUCAGAGGAGCUACAAAGGAAAAUAAAUAAAUUUCUCAAUUUGAAGCGAGCUGGAAAGAGCUUUAAUGCAGAGGUGCGUAACAGGAAGGACUAUCGCAAUCCUGACUUUUUGCUGCAUGCGGUGAGCUAUCAAGACAUUGAUCCGAUAGGAUCUAACUUCAGUAAAGAUGUGUUUGAUCCACAUGGAUAUGACAAAAGCGACUUCAUUGAUGAAAUAGAAGCUGAUAUGAAGCGUGAAAAGGAGAGAAAAGAACAAGAAAGCAAGAAGAAUCUGAAGCUUGAUUUUGUAGCUACUGGAUUUCAACCUGCACCCAAAGUGAACAUGCCUAUUGCAGGUGCUUCUGCUGGGGCUGCCAGUGCCUUGCACUCUGCUCCAACUGCAGCUGAUAAUGUUGCCCGAGGUGGUAGAAGCAAGAAGUCUAAGUGGGAUAAGGUGGAGGGGGAUCGGAGAAUUCCUCCUGCUGGAGGCCAGGAAUCUUUGUCUACUGUUGUAGCUCAUACUGCUGUUCCAUCAGCCACUAAUGCCAGUGGAUACGCAGCGUAUGCGCAGCAAAGACGACGGGAGGCAGAAGAAAAAAGAUCCACUGAAAAGAACAGAAGAUCCUAAGCCAUUCAUGUAAUGUUAUAGUUACAAUGUCACGUGGGAUUGUAAUCUUACAUUCAUGAUGUGUCAUUAAAUAAGUGAAUGCAUAUAAUAUCAUGAGUGGAUCCUUGGAUGAAAAGAGUCAAUCAUAUAAUGACAUGUCAUAAUUGCAAGCUUAUAAUGUCACGUGGCAUUGUAACUAUGUCAUUUUUGUAUCCCAAAACAUCAUUCAAUUUUAGUCAUAUUGUUUUAUUAAAUUGUAGCCACAGGUUUUCCACCUUUUUUGUACCCCAUAGUUAACUCACAUAAUUGUAGUUUCAAUAAUGCAGCAGUGAUAUAAACCUGUAAUUGCAUA